GGAGGGGCGGGGACAGUUCGGAGGGGCGGUGAUGAAGAGGAGGGGCAGCUGCUGUGGGUUCAGUCUGUUGCAACUUUUUCCUUCCCAUUGUUGUUCUCUGUUUCUGAUGGCUCACUCCAGACCGAACCGAACCGAAGCGGAGACGGAUUAGAGCGGGACAGACGACAUCAGGAGCAGCAGAGGGUUCGGCUUCAGCACGGUGGUCCCGGAUCCGGAUCAUGGGGCGGCGGGACGGCCGGACUUGAGGAGGCGAUGAGAAGAUCCCGAUCGGACUGAUUAUCGAUCUGUUCUCGGACCGGGAUGGCCCAACCCCUGCUGGUGCUGCUCGUGCUCUGGACCUUCAAACAAGCCGCGUGCACGCUCCCACUCAGAUCCUCAUACAGCCUGUACACCAGCGGACACGCGCAUGGGGCACGCGCAGCAAGCAGACACAGGAACUGGUGUGCGUUCGUGGCAACAAAGACGGUGAGCUGUGUGGUUGAAGACGGCGUGGAGACCUAUGUGAAGCCGGAUUAUCAUCCCUGCAGCUGGGGGGCGGGGCAGUGCAGCCGUGUGGUAGCCUAUCGCACAUACAUCAGACCGCGCUACAAGGUGGCAUACAAAAUGGUGACAGACAUGGAGUGGCGCUGUUGCCAUGGUUACAGUGGAGAAAACUGUAACAACGGUCCAGCCGAGGUCUCCACCAGCAGACAUCAGCCUGGACAAAGAGGUGGACAUGAACACGGGGGCUACUUGGACAACAGUUCUGGGUCUGGACAGGCUGGAGGACACGGUGGACAACAGGACAGUGAGAAGAUUAGGCAGCUGGAGGAAAAGAUCAGGAGCCUGACAAAGAACCUGCAGGACCUUCAGUCCACCAUGACCCGGCACUUCCAGCAGGAGGCCAGCAAACCAGACCUGCCUUCCACAGGAGGAUCUUCAGGUGUGAGAAACCCCGCAGAUGCAGCUCAGCCUGAGAUUGAGGAGACCAUUCAUAGCAUCCAAACCAAACUGGAUCAGCUGGAUAAUCGCACCCAGGCGCACGACAAAACUCUGGUCAGCAUCAACAACCACCUGGUGAACGGGAAAGGUAAUGAACUGGAGGGAGGCGUGUCCGAAGGAGGACUGAGUGGGUCCAGGCUGAACUUGCUGAAGGAGGAGAUCCUGAGGGAACUGGAGAGGAGAGUGUCCCUGUCCUGCUCUUCUUGCCAGGCUGGAGUGGAAGAUCUACGCCGUCAGCAGGAGGAGGACCGAGAGCGGAUUCGAUCUCUGGAGAAGAAGCUGAAUGUCAUGGACGCUAUGUAUCAACAGAACUUCAACCGGCUGCGGCAUGAAGUGCUGCACCUGCAGGGGUGCUGCGAUAACUUAAGAGACCUCCAGAAUCGGGUUAGCAAUGUUGAACGCAAGAUCACCGCAGCCUCUGAAGACUUUGAUACUCUGCUCCACCGUUUUGAAACAGAGUUCAGCACAUCGAGUGGCAGCAGCGGUCCCAACACGGGCAACACAGGUGGAGGUUCAGCUGGUGGAGCUGGACAGGGGACUGUGGUGUUGGAAGGAGGGCUGAACAGUCAGCUGAAGGACCUGGAGCGACGCUUCAACAGCAGUGUGCACCGAACUGAGCAGAGCUUUUCACAUUUAGAAAAAGACUUAAAGAACUAUUUCCAUAAGGAACUUGGGGACCUAAAGAGGACUGUUCUGGAUCAGUCCAACAUCCAAGUCUUUGCAGUGGCAGAUAUGGAGAAGAGGAUGGACAACCACAGCAACAGGCUUGUAAAACUGGAGACGAGCGCCUCGCUCAUAACCCAAAAGCUGGAGGAGUGUGGCUGUGGUGGAUCUGAAGAAGGAACAAGAGAAGAUAGCAAAAGAGAUGAAGAGAAACCGCUGCAAAAAGGAAAGCCUGGAGAAUCACCAGUGGGGAGAGGAGAUGGAGAUGGAGGAACUGAAGAUGUGACUGGAGGAGGAGGAAGAUUCUAUGGAACAGGAGGGGGGAGUGAAAAUACAACAGUAAAAUCUCUUGAGUGGAGAGUCGUCGGGAAUGAGAAUCGGAUUAGACAUUUUAACACUAGACUUAAAGACCUGUCAGUGUCGGGAGAUUCUCUGCACAACAAGGUUUUGAAUCUAAGCCACGAUGUCCGUAUGAUCAAGUCUUUGACUGGAGAGCGCGGGGAGCACUUUAACCGAAUCCUGUUGGAAGUGGAGCAGCUGGGCCAAGGAUGCGAGGUGUGUGUGAAGAUGCAGGAUGAGCUGAAGCAAAUGAAGAACCAAUCCCAGGAUGCUCUGAGAGGGAUGCAUAACCACAUUCUGAGAAUCCAGACCAGUCUGAACUCACAGGGAGGUGGCUGCUCCCAGAUCUGCUCAUCGCUGCAAGAUGAAAUCCUUCUGAUCCGUACAGACGUCCACAAGUGCAUGAGUCAAUGCAGCGCCGGCCCGGACCCCUUCACAGGUGGAGGUUCUGGCAGCAGCAGCAGUGGUGGCAGCGGACCUGACCCCGGGCUGGAAGGAGGAAAGCCCUUGGACGGCCACAGUGUGAUUGGAGGAUCCGCCAACAAUAACCAGCUGAAGACGCUGCAGGGUCAACUGUCCAAAGUCAUCCUCACCUUCAGCUCCAUUAACGACACCCUCCAGGGCCUGGAGCACACGGUGCACAAACACGGCAGCGUCAUCACAGACCUGGGAAACACCAAAGACAAGAUCAUCUCAGAGUUGGACAAAAUCCAGCAGGAGCUCACGGAGCAUAUGGAGGACAGCCGAGACCACCUGGACAGGAUGGAACAGCGAGUCCGUCAGUUUGAGAGGAUGCUGCUGGUGGACACUGCUGACUGCAGGAGGUCUGAGGACAUGCUGGAGAAAAGGCUGUCAAAGCUGGAAGGAGUCUGUGGAAGACUAGAUGGUGUUUCCAACUCCAUCCACAAGUUUAGAGAUGGGCUCAACCAGCAUGUGGCCGGUCUGUGGACCUAUGUUUCUGGUCUGAACGAGUCUGUCAUCCAUCAUGGAGGAAUCCUGGACUCCCUCCAGAAGAGCCAGGACGAUGUCCACAGCAGACUGAAAAACUUGAACUCCACCAUGAUCUUGAACUUUGGGGACCUGCGGAGGUUCGCUGUGACCGGCCCACCUGGACCUCCUGGAGAGAGAGGCUUCAAUGGACUACCAGGCCCACAGGGUCCCCCUGGGCUUCCAGGACCACAAGGAGAAAAUGGCCUCCGAGGUUUGCCUGGCCCUCCAGGCGUGGAUGCUCAUAACCCACGGUUGGCGUUCUCUGCUGCUCUGACGUCCCCCAUGGACAAAGCAGGAACCAUCAUCUUUGACAAAGUCUUUGUCAAUGAAGGAGGCUUCUAUGAUCCCAAAACAGGUGUGUUCACUGCUCCCGUGGACGGACGUUACUUUUUCAGUGCCGUGCUAAUGGGUCACAAGAAUGAAAAGAUUGAGGCAGUCCUUUCCAAGUCCAACUAUGGCGUGACCCGGGUGGACUCUGGAGGGUAUCAGCCUGAAGGCCUGGAGAACAACCCAGUAGCUGAAACCAACAUCCCACCUGGCUCCCUGGCUGUUUUCAGCAUCAUCUUGCCCCUGCAGACUCGGGAUACGGUGUGCGUGGAUUUGGUGAUGGGCAAACUGGCACACUCUGUAGAGCCCUUCACCAUCUUCAGCGGGACGCUGCUGUAUGAACACAUGUGAGCCUGAGAUACCGACAACCACUUAAAAUUCAAGACUAAGCCACUGGAGCCAGUGACACUUUCCUCAGCAGAUUUUAGCCCUGAAACCAGAUUUACUGUCAGACUGCACUCAUUUCAGUCAGCUGAUCAGAUGUGGUUGCAUGAUCCGGAAUCAAACAUUCCCUGAAAGAGGAAAAGAUGUUGCUUCUGCUUUAGAGGUUUGCAAUAGUUCUUACUCACCCAGCGCCCUCUAGAGGCUGUGCAAUUCCUCUUAAACACACAUUCUAGUAAUUUAUUGAUAAUUGGACACCAGCACUUCAAAGAUUAAAUCUAACCAUAUGUCAUUUGUCCAGAAGAUGGCGCUGCAUAGAUCUUACUUUUUAGACUAAAAAUGAAAUCCGGAUGUGAAGGGAUUUACCUGCACGUGUUGCAGCCUGCAAUGUGCCAUAGAAGCUUGACUUUUCGUUCAGAAGUCUGUUGAUGCAAUGAUGAAGAGGAACCUGAGCAUGGUCACAGGUCAGGGGCGUGGGGGGUCUUCCUCAGAUCAGCUUGGGUUUGGAGCUGCUUCUGACCAACACACAGCACUUCUCAGAUAUCCCUAAGUCAGACAUGCAUACCCCCCCCCCCCCCCCCCAGAGUGUUUCCACUAUUGACUGUAUAUGAGAACUGGACUGAGUGACCCCUCCCCCCUGGCAUACCUGCUGGUCCCAAAUAGCCAAAAUCACAUAGACUUCUAUAGAGAAAUAGACAUCUAUUACUGUCAUUCUAUUAAUCACAAUAACCAUUCUGGCUCUGAUACCUGUUAUUAACUUUUUCUUGAUACAGUAAUCCUCUUUUUUUCAUGAUAUUUUUUCUGUUAUUCAAAUUGUAAACUGACCAAUCAGAUGCCUCAGUAACAGUGGGUGGCCUUGUGUUGAAUGUUCAGUGUUUUAUUGACAAAUUCUCCCUAGCCUGCUUUCAGUGGAAGGGGUGUGGCCUUUUAAUAUGCUCACUUCUAAUUUGAGAGUAUGGUUGCCAUAGAAACCUAGACUCAGAGCAACAUGGACCAAUCACGGCUUACUGAGGACGUCUGGUUCCAACACGGUGACAUCCGUAUCGUGGAAAAAUGCCAACUGACUGAACUUUAUUCGGUUGGGACUGUAAGUAAAGUGUUUUCUACGGAUGACGUCACACACUCAGUCCAGUUCUCUUUACAGUCAAUGCUUUCCACUCGUCCCUCGUAUGCUCUCCGGGCUCUGAAGGACACCCAAAGCUGAAGCUGGAUUUGUUUUCUAUAUGUAACUCCUAACUUGUUUUUUGUGGUUAUAUCACGUCUUUGAAACUUACUCCAUUGUUACUAAACCACUAUGCCUAACACUGCCAUUUUAUCUGCUGACGUGCAUAGGGGGGCUUGUCCAGGUGGACUGACAGCUACCUGUCUUGUGUCAGUUGUGCAAUUCUUCUGUGAACAGAUUGACUUUCGUUUUUCUGCUCAGAAACACUCGAUCCUCAGCAGGUAAUCUGUCAUCGAGGAGGGGACUUCCUGUCGAUGAAGGUUCUCAUCCAUGUAGAUGUAAACUGAGCCGGAAAGAAUUUCAGAACCUGCUGCUGUGCCUUACAGAAGCUGAAUGUUCCUCUGGGAUCCUUCAAAUUCAACAUCUCCUCCAUCUGACCCAAGUUAAUCCAGACCCACCACGGUCCAGAUGUUCUGACCCAACAAAGUCCAGUUGAUCCUUCAGCUCCUCCUGAAUGCACAGCCUGUGGUAUUGCAGUAAAGUAAUCUCCCCUUUAAUGUUUGACUCUUUGUCACAUUGCUAAAGUCUAAAACCAUUGUUCGUUUUUUGGCGUCCUCUACUGACAGAAAAUUAGACUAUCACAGAAAGCUGAAAGUCUGUAUUCAGGCUGUUGCAGAGACACUUCUUCCUCUGCUUCUCCCUUUCUCUUCUCAUCUUUCUAGAGGUUAUUUUCAGUUCAGCUGCAUCUUUAACGUAAGAGCUUUCUGCUUUCAAUGCAUGACACAGCAGAAUGAGGAGGAGCUCACAGCCAGUGUCUGCUGCUCACCAGCCUCCAAAAUAUGAACAGGAAACUACAACUACCCCACUGCUCAUGAAGGGCAUCUCUAGAAAAAGCUGAAAGUGGCUUCCAACCGAGCUUCAGCUUUCAGCUUGAAGAUUGAAGAAUGACUUUGAACUUCACAAGGGCAAAGCUUAAGUUCUUCUCCAAUCCCCCACCCCCUGCAGCUUCUUCUGUGUAUUGAGCUAAAUGUCUGAUUGCAGAUGACCUUUUCAGAAAGUCUGCCUGCCUGUUUUUCUGUCUGCAUAGGGCACAGCGGGAAUUCUGAUGAGGAAACACUUUAGUGAUUUUAGCUAAAUGUAGGAGGCUCAGAACAGUCUCUGUGCUCCAUGUUUGAGUCAACUGAACUUAAGAUGCUGUGAGGUCUUCUGUAUGACUGCUGUGAUUUGACAUCACCAAUGAGAACCACUUUAUUCAGCCCCAUCUAUGUUCAAACUGUGAUUCUUGUCAGAGAACAGGGCCAGUUUUCUUCUAACCAAUCCCAUCAGUCCUGGGAGAAAGCUUUAGACGACCAAUCUGAGUAAAAGUGAGGAAAACAUCACUGUAAGAGCAAACAUCCUGUACCGUAGAUGUGUCUGAAUACUGCUGGAAGCAGAGCAGAUGUCAUUUCUGACUCCAUGAAGACGUCACACAGUCAGAGGAUUCUUCAGGGUCUGUUCUAUCACUUUCCUUCAAGACUUUGGUGUCAGAGAUGGACAUUAUAGCUUCACUUGUAAAAACGAUGAGGCAUUCUCCACUGACAAUGACAAACAGCAAACAUGCAGACCUUUAACUGCUGAGUUUUGUUUACUUCCAUGUCAUGAGUGAGCCGUGAAUCUAAUGUUGGUCUUUGGAUGCUGUCAGUCUGGCAGCAGCCUCUUUUUUGUUGUGUCCAUGAAUGUGAUGGUCAAGGAGGGAAGAGACAAAGUCUGCAAACCAGAAACUGCUUGAAAAACCUCUUCAGGAUUUGUAUCUAAAUAAAAUACCAAAGUACUCUGUUACUGUG